UUAGAUACAAAGUUUACGUAAAAAGAAACUGUUGUUUUACUUUGGGUGAGCCAGUAGCUUAUAAAUUGGCAUCAUAAAUGCCAAACCAAACGAGCACCACCAACCACGGACUUUUCACUGAGAUUAUGCGCCGAAAUUUCGUGCAUGUAUUCCACUGCUACAAACUUAAAACUAGACUAAUGCUCUCUCUUUCCACACAACCUUCUUCUUCUUCACACUCACGAAAAUUCGUUCAAAUCGUUUACUACAAAAACCUUUCACAGAAAGAAAAUUUCUUCACGUACAGUUCUAAUGGAUUCUCAUGGUUUGAUCCAUGGAACCCAAACGGACCAAGCAGAACAUCCAUUUCUUGAUUCACCAAAGCGUUCAAAAUCUCGUAAAAGAUUUACAAACCCAGUUCACUACAUGCUUCGUUCUCAGCGACUCAUUUUUCUCUUCGUUGGAAUUUCCAUCUCAGCUCUCUUUUUCAACCGAUUUCCUAUAUCACGUCCGCCACCGUCGCAUCACCAUCAAAUAAUCGACCCGGGUUUUCAAUCCCACUCGACUCACCUGACUCGUCGCCGGGUCCUCUACGAGACUCGCCAAGAGGAAAAGUUGUUUGGCCGCAUCAAUGCGGGUGGCAAAGUGCCUUUAGGCCUGAAAAGAAAAAGCUUGAGGAUUCUGGUCACUGGUGGAGCCGGGUUCGUGGGCAGCCACCUGGUCGACCGUCUGAUGGAGAGAGGUGAUAACGUGAUCGUGGUUGAUAAUUUCUUCACGGGGAGAAAAGAUAACUUGAUGCAUCAUUUUGGUAACCAUCGGUUUGAGCUGAUUAGACACGAUGUGGUUGAGCCAAUUCUUCUUGAAGUUGAUCAGAUCUACCACCUGGCAUGCCCUGCCUCGCCCGUUCAUUACAAAUUCAAUCCCGUCAAGACUAUCAAGACGAAUGUGGUUGGGACACUGAACAUGUUGGGACUGGCGAAGAGAGUUGGCGCGCGGUUCUUGUUAACUAGCACGAGCGAGGUGUACGGUGAUCCCCUGCAGCAUCCGCAAGCCGAGUCCUACUGGGGCAAUGUCAAUCCCAUAGGUGUAAGGAGCUGCUAUGAUGAGGGAAAACGCACCGCUGAGACCUUGACCAUGGACUAUCACAGAGGACUUGGAAUUGAGGUGAGGAUUGCUAGGAUUUUUAACACUUAUGGACCACGUAUGUGUAUUGAUGAUGGUCGUGUGGUUAGCAAUUUCGUUGCCCAAGCAUUGAGGAAGGAGCCAUUGACAGUGUAUGGGGACGGCAAGCAAACCAGGAGUUUCCAAUACGUUUCAGACUUGGUAGAGGGUCUAAUUCGUCUUAUGGAAGGCGAAUCUGUCGGUCCUUUCAAUCUGGGUAAUCCUGGUGAAUUUACCAUGCUUGAACUCGCACAGGUGGUUCAAGAGGUGAUAGAUCCAAAUGCUAAAAUAGAGUUCAGGCCUAAUACAGAGGAUGAUCCACAUAAAAGAAAGCCAGACAUUACAAAAGCCAAGAGGCUUCUAGGGUGGGAGCCCACUGUGUCCCUCCGCAAGGGCCUGCCUCACAUGGUUUCUGACUUCAGACAGCGCAUCUUUGGCAACCAAAAGGAAGGUGGCGCCACCACCACCUCCUCACUGUACUCUGCUUAAGUU